CCACCACUUUCAAGUCUCGCUCUGAGAUUCUACCAUAUUCCAUGGAUCGAAAUCCAUGGAAACACAACAUGGAAGCAGCACCCAGCUGCCCCCGCUGCGCCUCCCCCAACACCAAAUUCUGCUACUACAACAACUACAGCCUCUCCCAGCCCCGCUUCUUCUGCAGGUCCUGCCGCCGCUACUGGACCAAAGGAGGUUCCCUCCGCAACGUCCCCGUCGGCGGCGGCUGCCGCAAGAACCGCUCCACCCCCUCCCUUCGCCCUCCACCGCCGGCCCAUCAUGGCAGCCGUACUUGCGGCCCAUUCACGCGUUCUUUUCACAUUACGCCCCAAAACGACCACCCACUUGAGCGGAGACCCGGCAACUCGAAUCUCAACGGGGACUCGUCGACAGAUGGACUCGGCGAGGCCACCGGCGCCGGCGGGUCGGAUAUUGAUCUGGUUUCUUUUCAUGCGAAUUUCUUGGAUGAUCGGAGCUCGAGCUCUGAAUUUGAUCCGCUUGAACUUGUCGACCAUCACCGAGUCAAUUCGUCGCCAUUCAUGAACAUUGUUAGUCCAACUAGUGAUUUCGACCGCCAUGGUUUAUGGAAAGCUCUGGACUCAUCUGUUGCCGCUCACCAGGUGUUUGAUGGAGAUGAUGACCAUCGGCGGCAGAGGAAUAGUGCUCUGGGUUUCCCGACCAAUUUAGCGACGAAGGAAGAAGCAGCUGUGGUUGAUGAAAGUAGUAAUUUGACUAAUAUCUGGUGGGAUGCUUCAACCACGCCUAAUUAUAUGGAGCAAUUACAAGACUUUGAAUUGCUAGCGUGCGAUGAGGAUCAGCCAAUCAUUUCUGCAAAUCUAAUAUGUGAUAACUCGUCUGCCUUUGAUCUCUCCGGGUUAUGACCCUUGUAUGUUGCAUUCUUGUCCUCUGAUCUCAACACCUUAGAAACUUAUAUUUGCAUUAUAUUCUCCUCCUCCCCCUCCUUCUUCUCUCUCUCUCUCUCUCUCUCUCUCUCUCUCCAACUAGGUGGCACCAUAGGUAAGAAGAAAUUAUUUAGUAUACGAGUGUAUAUACUAGAACUAAUAUAAUUUUACCAUCUAUACAAAAAAA